AUGAAAACAACUCUUGUUCUUGUCGUAAUUCUUCUCCUCGUAUCAGCAAUAUUUUGGUCCGAUGCAGUGGUAUUAACAUCCUCUUCCAAUUCUAUUAAAACCAACAAAUUAACCAUUCAAAAUAUUAUUCACGGUGGUGACGACAGUAGUGUUGUUGGUGUAAAUGCUCAUCCAAAGUCCACCACCAUGAAAUGUGGGCCUCUUUGUCGAAUGUAUUGUAAAUUUGGAUUUGAAAAAGAUGAAAGUGGAUGUCCCUAUUGUAAAUGUAAAUUAGGACCAAAUGGAACUCGAUUUUCAUAG